AUGUAUGGUACACCAACAAGAAAACAGUUCUAUACGAAGGAGCGACAAUGUGUUGGCAAAAAAUGGGUAAUCGCAGAGGAUGAGGAAAAUGAAGUAUUCAAGGCCACGCAGGUAUACAAAACGACGGAGCCGAAAAGGACGCAAUAUUAUACGAUCAUGUCAAGAAACGGGUCUCUUGGUAGAAGAGAAAGACGCCAAUGUCGUUUAAGAAACUGGAAACGGCUAGUGUUCCAGCAUUUCGUUGGUCUUAUCAUGCUAUGA